AGCCUUUUCUCUCUUUUUUUGAAAAAAACUCAGGCGCGGUAGUGACCCCAUGUUCAGAUUUUGAAGAGAGAGAAACCAGAGAGAGUGAGAGAGAGAGAGUAGAGAGAAGCGUCGAUGGGCACAAAAGAGAAUUGCAGGAACGAGCUUCGCACUGCUAUCCGUCAUCUCUCUGACCGUUGCCUCUACUCUGCCUCCAAAUGGGCAGCGGAGCAGCUGGUGGGGAUCGAGCAAGAUCCGGCCAAGUUCACGCCGUCGCACACCCGGUUCCAGCGUGAGAGCUCCAGCAUCCGGCGGCGCUUCCGCACCAACGAGAUGGUCACGUCGACGCCCACCGCCGGCGUGUCCUACGUGUCCAGCUCUCCGGUGCCGGAGGAGGAAGGAGACCACGAUGGCGCCGCCGUGGACUCUGAUUUUUAUCUAAUGGCGAAAGCUUAUUUCGACUGCCGGGAGUACCGAAGGGCUGCUCACGUGCUCCGGGACCAGACCGGGAAGAAAGCCGUGUUCUUGCGCUGUUAUGCCCUAUACUUGGCUGGAGAAAAGCGAAAAGAAGAAGAGACGAUAGAACUUGAGGGACCCUUGGGAAAGAGCGAUGCAGUGAAUCGUGAAUUGGUUUCUCUUGAGAGGGAGUUAUCAACUCUUCGAAAGAACGGUUCGAUUGACCCUUUUGGGCUAUACUUGUAUGGUCUUGUUCUCAAAGAGAAAGGCAGUGAAAAUCUUGCUUGUGCUGUGCUCAUGGAGUCCGUGAAUAGCUACCCUUGGAAUUGGAGUGCUUGGUCUGAAUUGCAGUCCUUGUGCACUACAAUCGAGACAUUGAACAACCUAAAUCUGAAUAACCAUUGGAUGAAAGAUUUCUUUCUUGCCAGUGCUUACCAAGAACUAAGGAUGCACAAUGAAUCCUUAGCAAAGUACGAGAAUCUACAAGGAACUUUUAGUUUCAGCAACUACAUCCAGGCUCAAAUUGCAAAAGCCCAGUACAGUUUGAGGGAAUUUGAACAAGUUGAAGUUAUAUUUGAAGAACUCCUAAGGAAUGACCCUUAUCGGGUUGAAGACAUGGAUAUGUAUUCUAAUGUGCUUUAUGCGAAAGAAUGUUUCUCUGCCCUCAGCUAUCUUGCCCAUAGGGUAUUCUUGACUGACAAAUACAGACCUGAAUCUUGUUGCAUUAUUGGAAACUAUUACAGUCUGAAAGGGCAGCACGAGAAGUCAGUUAUGUAUUUUAGGAGGGCACUAAAAUUAAAUAAAAAUUAUUUAUCAGCUUGGACGCUCAUGGGUCACGAGUAUGUAGAGAUGAAAAACACCCCAGCUGCUGUUGAUGCAUAUCGCCGGGCUGUAGAUAUAAAUCCUUGCGACUAUAGAGCUUGGUACGGACUAGGUCAAGCAUAUGAAAUGAUGGGUAUGCCCUUUUACGCUCUUCAUUAUUUCAGAAAAUCGGUAUUCUUGCAACCAAACGAUUCCCGGUUGUGGAUUGCCAUGGCUCAGUGUUAUGAAACUGAACAGCUUCAUAUGCUUGAGGAGGCGAUAAAGUGUUACAGAAGAGCAGCAAAUUGUAAUGAUAGGGAAGCUAUUGCACUGCACCAGCUAGCAAAGCUGCAUAGUGAGCUUGGGCGUCUGGAAGAGGCAGCGUUUUACUAUAAGAAGGAUUUGGAAAGGAUGGAAGGUGAAGAAAGGGAAGGACCUAACAUGGUUGAAGCUUUGCUCUUCCUUGCCACCUAUUGUAAAGCCCAAAAGAGAUUUGAAGAAGCAGAGGUGUAUUGUACCCGUCUUCUGGAUUAUACUGGCCCAGAGAAGGAAACAGCAAAGAGUUUGCUUCGAGGAAUGAGAAUAGCACAAUCUGGUUUCCCUUCGAUGGACGUUGAGCAUUUUCCGAUCUAAAUUUUGCAUUCCUAGGACCUUAAACAAGUGUUAAAGAGAUCUUCGAAGCAGGUCUAUUUUCCCCAGUUUCUGGCUCAUGAAACUGUUGGAUAGCUUUUACAAGGUAAAAUCACGACAUGAAGCAUACCCUACACCUCUGUGGCAGAGGACACUGGUUAAUUUCCUCGGCAUAAUUUAAAGAAACUUUGUCAUAAGAGGCGCCCCCAUACAAGCCCAUAAUUCCAAUGGUCGAUGUUGUAUUUUAUAGCAUAUUUGCAUGAUAAUUUUAUGCUUUUCCUUUAGCCUUUGGUAGUACUGUAGUAGAACUUGAUUGAUGUUAUUUUCAACUAGAUAGUCUCUGGAAGUAACCUAAUUUGUUGAAGUAAACUUAUUUUGAUGAAGCCGUUUCAGGCUUCUACUGAAUUUGGAAAGGAGUUCUAAGUCUUAUCU